AUGGGCCGAUAUGGCGGCGUUAAGGUGAACACGACGUUCAACGGAGAAUUCGUGUCGGGCGAUAAAACCGCCGUUAAGACGAUCGCCACGAGAAACCAUCCCCUUCUAUCCACGACGGAUCUGCGCGAGUGGUACGAUACUUGCUUCGUCGGCGAUACCGUCGCGUCUUUGGAGGAGUUUCAAGAGUGCGAUAGCGGAUGGGCUCUAUCGCGCAUACUCGAUCUAACGGUGAAUGUGAACGUGUACAAUCCCAUGCGGGCGGUGUGCCACGUGCGAGUACCGCGAGAGAUUCAGAUGAAGAGAGCGGUGGUCAACGUGCGAUCCGACGACGAGGCGUGUUUUGCGUGGUCGGUGAUAGCCGCUCUGUAUCCCGUCGAUAAGCACGGCGAGAGAAGCUCGCGAUAUCCGCAUUACUCCGAGGUGUUGAAUCUGGAGGGCUCGAAGUUACCUAUGACUCUGAACGGAAUCGGACGGUUCGAGCGUCUGAACGAUAUAUCGGUGAACGUAUACACCGUCGGAGAGAGACGACGCGGGAAGGACGAUGGUGGAAUUCGCAUCGUGCCUCUUAGUCUGACGAAUCGAAAGAGGGAGAGACACGUCAAUUUGCUGUAUCUGAGCGAUGCGACGCGCGAGGGUAACGCGGUCGAGCAUUUCGCCUGUAUCCGAAAUCUGUCUCCUCUGAUCAGCUCGCACUUGACCAAGCGACAGCACAGAACGCACGUGUGCGAUCGAUGCAUGCAUUACUUUCGCACGAGCGAGAAGCUAUCGGCGCACAGCGAGGAUUGCGGCAAGCUGAACGAUUGCGCGGUCGUUUUUCCCGGCGAGGACGACAGGUGGCUGGAGUUCGAUCAUCAUUCGAGAAAGGAGCGAAUUCCGUUCGCGAUGUACGCCGAUCUGGAGUGCGCGUUGGAGAGGAAGGAGGGGAACGAGGGCGGGAGAACCAAGAAUACGAGGAUCGUUCAGCAUCACAGAGUUUACAGCGUGGCCUAUUACGCGCAUUGCUCCUUCGACGACGCCGCGUCGACGUACGGAUCUUAUCGCGGCGAGGAUUGCGUCGCGUGGUUCGUCGAAAGUCGCCCUCGACGCCGUGGUACCGAUGGCGGAUCUGACACCGGACAAGCGGGAGAUAUUCGCGAGCGCGUCGCGCUGUUACGCGGUUAUGACGCGCACUUCAUUAUCAAGGAUGUGGCUAACGCGUAUCCCGGCAGCGUCGAGCUGUUGCCGGUGAAGGAAUCGUACAUAGCUUUCUCGAAGACCGUUCGAGAUAGUGCGGCGGCGGCGGCGGAGGGAGACGGGGGAAACGCCGCGCGUUCCAGAUACGUUAAAUUAGGAUUCAUGGACUCGUUCAAGUUUUUAGGCGCCGGUCUCGAUAAGCUGGCGUCUUAUCUCGACGAGCGCAAACUGACGAUCGCGCGAGGCGAGUUUCGCGACCUCUCGGACGACGACUUUCGGCUUCUCACGCGCAAGGGCGUGUUUCCGUACGAGUACGUCGACAGCGUCGAGAGAUUGCGGGAGACGCGUCUCACACCGCGCGAGUCCUUCUACAGUUCUCUAACCGGCGAUACCGUAUCGGAGAGCUUACGCGCACGCGACGCGCGUCUGAAGCGAUUUAGCGUCGAAAACCUGGGCGAGUACAACGAUCUCUAUCUGAAGACUGACGUUCUUCUGCUCGCGGACGUGUAUCUAUAA